GGCGGUCCGGCAAACUAGCGCGUGCAUUGAGACCCUGAACGCGGAGAGGUAGCCGGGAGCUUUGCUUGUCGGCAGAGCCUCGCGUCGUCUUCGUUGCAAGUGCAAUUGAGGAUUACGCGCAUCUCUGGGCUACUGUGAAGCUGUGCUACUAUUCGCUCCCCUUUUGCAGAACCAACUUGGAACAACCCUUAUCCAUCUGCGGUCUCACCUUCCCACGAAUUUUGAUCUGGGCUCAUUAAGCUAUCUGCGAUUGAACCACGAUGUCGCUGAAGACUUUACACUCCCUUCGCGCAUUGCCGCCAUGGAUGCCUCGCGCAAAGCUCCUCCGAAAUCGAAUCAAUAAUCGCGAUGUGUCUGUUCCCACCGGGAUCUUCAUCAACAAUGAAUUCCGAUCGAGCCUUUCAGGAUCCAAGUUCAGCGUGGAAAAUCCUGCCACUGGCCAGCCAAUCCUAGAGAUCGAGGAGGGUCGAGAAGAGGAUGUUAAUAUGGCAGUCGAAGCUGCAAGGAAAGCCUUUGAAGGUAGCGAAUGGGCGAAUUCGAACCCAGUGUGGAGAGGCGAGCUGUUGAAUCGGUUGGCGCAAUUGAUGGAGAGGGACAAAGAGGACAUCAUUGCCCUGGAGAUGUUAGACACCGGGAAGACGCGUAAGCAGGCAGCCAAUCUAGAUUUUCCGGGCAGCGUAGGCACAUUGAAGUAUUACGCAGGUUGGGCAGAUAAGGUUUUAGGACUGACGAGCUUUAACAUUCCCGGCACGUUCGCAUACACAAGGAGAGAGCCGGUUGGAGUGUGUGGUCAGAUCAUACCUUGGAACUUUCCGCUUCUGAUGUUUAUCUGGAAAAUCUCUCCAGCUAUAGCGACCGGAAACACCGUGGUCAUCAAGUCUGCGGAAGCUACACCAUUGACAGCUUUGAAAUGUUGUGAGCUUAUCAAAGAAGCUGGAUUCCCAGCUGGUGUGGUGAAUCUGGUAUCGGGCUUUGGAAAGACCGUGGGCAACGCGAUAGCCAACCAUAUGGACGUCGACAAAGUAGCAUUUACAGGGUCAACAGCCACGGGACGCACGAUCUUGAAGUCUGCAGCUUCAUCAAACUUGAAGAAAGUGACACUAGAGCUAGGUGGUAAAAGUCCAAACAUCAUCUUUCCCGAUGCCGAUAUUCAGAAGGCAGUAGAAUGGAGUGCAUGGGGAAUCAACAUGAACUUUGGCCAGACAUGCCACGCCGGGACUCGCAUAUACGUUCACGAAGAUGUUUACGACGAAUUCGUAGCCGCAUACACCAAACGAAUGGCUUCGUUGAAAGUUGGCGACAACUUUGACGAAAGCGUGGAUCAAGGACCGCAGAACAGCAAGAUGCAGUAUGAGAAGAUUCUGGGGUACAUUGAGAGCGGGAAGCAGGAUGGCGCUACUAUAAGUCUUGGUGGUAAGGUUGCAGAGGUUGAAGGUGCCGAUGGCAAAGGGUACUACAUCCAGCCGACCAUAUUCACCAACGUGAAGCCCGACAUGAAGAUUAUGCGUGAAGAGAUCUUCGGACCCGUGGUCUGUAUCGCAAAAUUCAAGACAGAAGAAGAAGUUCUUCGCGAUGCCAACGAUACGACCUACGGCCUUGCUGCCGCCGUUCACACCAAGGACUACGAGCGUGUCCUCCGCAUCACGAAUGGACUGAAGGCUGGCACGACAUGGGUGAAUAUGUAUAACUUUGUGCACUGGAGUGUCCCAUUUGGCGGUUACAAGCAGAGUGGCAUCGGGCGCGAAUGCGGUGAAGCAGCGCUGGAGAACUAUACCGAGACCAAGGCAGUGUAUUACAACACGGGCAUCCCGGCUCCUCAAUAA